AUGAAGUUGCACCUCUCGCGGCUCUCUGGCAAAGAGGGGGAGAUGGAGAUCCUCCUGAAAGAACCAGUGCACCGCCGCAAGAAAGGACGGCCUGUUUAUUUCGUUCACGACGUAGCUGUACUGCACUAUUUUGCUUUCGUCAUCAUGGUACUUUUCACCGGGCCCAGCUCGCCAGGUGCUGGUGGAGAACCGCAUUAUGGAGUUCUUGUUGACAACUUGUUCGCCGCUGAAGCGCUGCGAAUUUCCGCCUCGCGACCUGCGAAGGGGCACCAGCGUAAGAGAACAAAAAGUGCGUCACUUUCAUUUGUGGCGCCAUCUUCAGCAUCAAGAAGUCGAAAUGGUCCGGCGUCUCCCGUUUCGACGAAGACUUCUUUUACCACAGAAGAUGGGUCGGGUGGGUCUGGAGGUCGUGGCAACGGUGGUAGAACACGAACUGCCGGCUCUUGGAAUGAAGACAAGCCGCGCGCCGGGGCCUCUUUCGCCCAAGAGAGCGAGGAACAACUACGAGUGGGCCAUGGAAAUGGAAUAAAGUCGAAAGACUGCAUUGCCUCGUACGAGUUGCAAAAAUUAUAAUUAUAUAUAUGUUUUCUGGGCCGCUCACCUCCGAUCCCGAUGCUGGUGUUGGUCGAGUUGAAUCGAUGCAAGUUGCUAGAUGUAGUUCUUCAUUGGACAAUAAAGUUUUGAACGAAACAAGCCUGUGGUGCCCGUUGAAAUGAGGUGAAGAUAGAUCGAGGUGUAUAUGUUAUUGCAGUGCGUGUUUUUCUUUGGCAAAAGAACCAAAAGCAAGUGCAAUAAAAUUUGUAUUUCUCAAAGGAAUCUUCAGUCCGUAGCGGAACAAAAGCUUUUCGUUUGUUGAACAUCAAGACUGAAAAGUGCAAAUUGUCAGGAGGUGGAUUUAAUAUGACCACAAGGCGGUUUUUUUAUCGUGAACGUGAUUCUGAUCUCAUUAUGAAAGACGUUUUGUCGCGACAAGAGCAUCAGAUGCACGACCCAGGAGACAUAUAAAAAUUUGCACUCUUCUUGAUAGAGGUUGGCUUCCGUCACGUUGGGAUGUCCAGAACCGGUGUAGCCAGGGAGCGAGCUGGGUUGGGCAGGUAUUUAUCAAAUGCAAAAAAUGGGUCUGGAAGAUUCUGAGACUUGUCAUGCACAUUUUGCAUGAGCCAUGAUGUCUGUGAUGCAUGCGCUAGCAUCACAGAUUUUUUGAGGGCUUCUUGAUGCCUAUUCCGCGUGACAAAUGCCCUCUCGGCCUUGUUUGCGGCUGCUCGCCUUGUUUGCGGCUGCUCGCCAUGAAAGCAACUACAUUGUGGCUUGCCUCACUUUUUUUAGAGGGGUUUUUUCGUAGAUGGGUCUGUGUCUUAGUAGAUACUUUACCGCUUUUUUACUUUUCUUUUCUCCCUCGGCGCUCGUGUUAUUGGUUUGCACACAACGUCAUCCCUACUUAGAUAGAUAACAACAAAAGCUCACGCUGCAGCCGUCCCAGGAGCUCUUUGCUGUUGUCUCUCGUCGGUAGUGAUAGCUUUGUCCAAGUCGAUUACUGCUAGAGUUUGCUGGGUAUGUGGCUAAACAGUUGGGAGUUUUGUAGUAGGGCAGAUUUUGUAUGUGGGCGUUCCUGAAGUUCAUGUUAGUUUACCGCUCGGGCUUAGUCUUACCUCUACGCAAUAUUUAAGUUUGUUUACUGAGUUUACACAUGUAGCCAGGCCCUUUUUGCGAUCUCCGGUGGGGAAUUAUAGCACGCCACUCCUAAUUUAGUCCCUCCCCCGGUCUGCUAAUCCGGGCAAGUAGCAACAUCUCCGUGCUUCUCCACUAAGUAAAGUUGCUCUUUGGCGUCUGCCCGCUCGGGGAAUACUUAUAUAGACGGUCGCCGCUUCCUUGUGGUGGUCAGAGGCGUUCGAGUCUAGUCAGUCCCUAGCUGCGCGUUACUCUUUCAGUUCGUGCGGGCUCCAGGUGCUGCGAUCACCGGCAGGAGCUAAAUAACAGCGAGCAUAAGGACGUUGGAUUUUUGACUGCUUCACAGUACAAGGCCGGCACUUUUUGCGUCGGCCCGCCGAAGUUCCGCGUGCGGGUUUAGCAGUCUUCUUUCCCGCGAAAAAGUUGGGUCUCCUGACCCUUCCGGCCGUCACCACUCCGCCCGCGUUCGUGCUCGCACGGCGCCACGAUGACGAUGACGAUGGCUACCGUUGUAGGCUAGUAACACAGGGACGCCCUGCCCUUAGUUUCCCAACGUGACAAAUGCCCUCUUCGCGUAGCAAGCAUUGCGUUUCCUUUGCUACUCAUGCAAUACAGAUUUUUUUGGAAUCCACCACAUUCAAGUUUGUAUUCUUCCAGACCCAGACACUUUUGCAAUCCAUAGUCUACGUCGUCACGAAAAAUCCAGAUCCUGGUGGGACCCCGUGCGAGGCUUGGCAUGGGUUCAAGAGAAAGGUUAUGGGAGUGUCAGGAUUGAAAUCGACAGACUUGAAAUAACUUGUAUACGCAUAAAAUCGAUACCAGUUGGAAGCCCAAGAACCUCCAAGCGGUGCAUGACAAUGAGUUUCGGCAUCGUCUAAAUCCAGUUUGUCGGCAUGCUGUUUAGGGACAGAAGGCGGCUUUUGCCAUGCUACAUCAGCAGCUCUAUCGCAGACCCCAAACAGGCUCACAGUCGGAUCCCUGCAACAGAGGCACCUCAUGCCUUGCACUUUAAGCAUGAGAAGUUUUUAUUUCAACUUUGUCGAUUUCAAUCCUGACACUCCCAUAUGGAUCGUAUGCCCGCGCGAUUGUGUUGGGAGCUGGAACUACGCAACCGAGCUAUCAAAUGUAAAAAUGUCUGGGUCUGGAAGAUUGGAAAAUUUGUCAUGCACUCGUGACAUGACCCGUGACGGCUGUAAUGUAUGCCCUAGCAUCACAGACUUUCUGAGUGCUUCUUGAUGCCUAUCCCGCAUGAGAAAUGCCUUGUUCACGUGGCACAAGGUCGGCUGAAGUGCUCGAAAGGGGUACGCUUCGGGGUUGUCCGUCAUCGUAUUAGGAUCAUCGGGUAUGAUCGAUAGACCCCCAGUAUACGUACUAGCGCACAGCCGGCCACAGACGUAAGUUUGCGAUCAAGUUUGUAAGACUAACCCAUCAAGGCCACACCGAAUUUCCACCUUGCUCGCGGGCUUGGAUGGUAAGGGGGUUCUGCCACAAGUAGCGCCCAUCGGUUGUUGUUACGCGUAAGCAAUCGAUAACGGUUCUGCGGCUGCGGCCGGGUGGUAGUUAGGAAGUGGAUCGGGUAUCCACCUAGGGGCAUUGGCAGAGGCUAAAUCUGUUCUAGCGCCCAGGUAUUGGCAGAGGCUAAAUCUGUUCUAACGCCAACCCGCCAGGAGUUAAAUGGUUACUACUACUACUACUUCACGUGGCACAAGAAACUGGGUUCCUAUUGCUUGUCAUGCAACACAGAUUUUUUCAGAAUCCAAAAAUAGCAUCACAAGUUGCAUCCUUCCAGACCCAGACAUUUUUACAUUUCAUACGAGCAGGCCCUGAUCGACUCGUGUAACGGCCAGGGCGGGGAAAAGUCGCGCAAAUUCACGAUUACAACCUCCGUAGGGGGUACUUGGCAAAAGGGGAAAAGGUGUCGCGGACCAUCACGUGUCCCCGGGAUUGCCAAGAACAAUGGGUAG